GAUACCUCCAUAUUUGGCAAGCGUGAAUAUAACUGCGAGCUUAUCUAGCUAUAGGAAAUAUGAUCAUUGCUUGGUUGAGCUCAUAAAGUUUAUGUAUUUGUGCUUUGCCUUCCAAAGUAACUCUCAAAUAUUACCAUCAUCAUGGCUUCUCUUGAGGUGAAGAUCAUUUUGUCGUGCGUUUUUCUGAUAUACGCCAACGUGAUAGCAGCUCAAUCCAAACAGCUCCAGUGUCCGGAGGCGAAGCCUCAGGCUCAUAUCGAGGCCAGCAAUGACAAGGAAGUUUCCUGUCAGGCUUGGACAGUGAUAAAAGACUGGGAAGUAGAUAAUACAUUCAGUCAUCUCGUGGGCGGCAUGAACUACAGUGAUGGACAACUGAUUGUGCCUAAAGCUGGAGCGUACUAUAUCUACGCACAACUGUACUUUCAUUCUAAGGGUAGGGUGUUUAUGAUGAAGAAUAACGAAGCAGUCACCCUGGUUCAACACCCUAACUCUGAAGAAGGACUCCAAUUUACAGCAGGAGUGUUUUUUCUUAGAGCUGGUGACGUCAUUUCGAUGAAAACCAGGGACAGCCUUAAAAUGUACAUGUUUUCUUAUCACACUUACUUCGGAGCGUUCUUGAUACAAUGAGCUUCACAAAAAAAUGUAAAAUCCUUGAAAAUUGUAGCACGAUAUAUCAUGUAGAAUGAUAUUAAAAAGUGUCUAAUCGUU